AUGGGUGCGAACCAGUCGAGACCGUCCGAUGCUGCUGUCAACGAGAAGCUGCGAGAGCGCCUGCAAGCUCUCCACCUGAACGAAGAUCGAGCUACGAGUGAAAAAGAUGGGUUUGUGCAUGUCGCUGGUGAUGCUCCACCUAAGUAUACACCACUCUCAAGGCAGACGAAGAAUGUCUCUAUCAAAGACGUCGAGGAGUGGGAAAGAAGGGUCAUGGAAGACCCUAAGAACCGCCUUGCUCUACUAGCUCUAAGCUCGAAUCCAGCAACUGCUGUCCUAUCCUCUCGCGCAGCUGCAAUCUCAGACACCAACCAGUUCAACAUCAAGAUUCCCAUUGAAGGCUCGCCAAUCACAAACCAAGCUUCAUCGGGCAGAUGCUGGCUCUUCGCGUCUACCAACGUGUUCCGCAUCGCCAUUAUGAAGAAGUACAAGUUGGAUAACUUUCAGCUGUCCCAAGCAUAUUUAUUUUUCAUGGAUAAAAUGGAGAAAGCGAACUACUUUCUGGAGAAUGUUCUUGAGACAGCGUCUGAGAGCAUCGAUAGCCGCCUGGUACAGGCUUUGCUGGCAAGUCCAGUUGGUGACGGAGGACAAUGGGACAUGGUAGCCAAUCUGGUGGAAAAAUACGGACUGGUUCCUCAAACGCUUUACCCGGACUCUUUCAACGCCAGCAACUCGAGAGUGAUGGACAACCUCAUCACCACUAAGUUGCGGGAGGAUGCUGUUCGACUGCGUUCCAUCGCAUCCAGCAACGCCUCGCCCAAUGCCAUCAAGGCAAGCAUCGCAGCCGAGAAGGCCACAAUGAUGCGCGAGAUCCACUUGAUCCUCACAUUGAUGCUUGGACCACCACCUGCGCCAGAGAAGGCCUUUACGUGGGAAUUCUACGACCGCGAUGGUAACUUCCAAACCGUGAAGACACGCCCGACUGCCUUUGCAAAGGAACUAUCAGACAGCAGGACCGUACGGGCUCUUUCAGGCACAGAUGUCCACCAGCUCUUCUCUCUCGUCAAUGAUCCUCGCAACCCCUACAAUCGCUUGCUUAGCGUCAACCGCCUGGGCAAUGUGUGGGAAGGUCGGCCAGUCACAUACGUUAACACAGACAUGAAGACCAUCAAAGAUGCGUGCAUCGCAAUGCUCAAACGCGGCAUGCCUGUGUUCUUCGGCUCAGAUGUUGGUAAAUACUCCGACUCAGCCAAGGGCAUUAUGGACACCGAUCUUUUCGAGUAUGAGUUAGGCUUCAACAUCAAGCUAGGCAUGUCGAAGGCCGAGCGUCUGCAGACCGGCGAGAGCCAGAUGACGCAUGCUAUGGUGCUGACGGCCGUGCAUGUUGUCGACGGCAAGCCUGUGAGAUGGAGGGUUGAGAACUCUUGGAGCGAAAGGGUGGGCGAGAAAGGGUAUUUUGUGAUGAGCGACAAGUGGAUGGAUGAGUUCGUGUACCAGGCGGUGGUGGAUCCAAGUGUGGUGAGCUCGACAGUGAAGAAGGUGCUAGAGCAGAAGCCGAAGAUGCUUGAGCUUUGGGAUCCUAUGGGUGCUUUGGCCUGA